CCAUUUUGAAAAAAAAUCUUUGGGGAAAAGGGCAAGAGAUAGUGGAUGCAAAACAUUUAAUGUCUUCACAGAAGAAAAUCUCACUGAUGGAUAAACAAAGAAAAAAGGAGAAAGCUUGAAAAAAUACACAUGGAUAAAAACGUUCAAGUCAAAACAGAAUAAAAAAGCAAACUGCUACUAGAGAUUGAAAUUUCAUUUAAGAAGAGCGAAUGAGAAAGAAACAGCAGGCAAAUUUUAUGGAGUAAGAAAAUCUAAAAUUAUUUUUAUAUCAAUUUAUAAAUUGAAGAUGUAAUGUUACUUCAGUGAAAGAUUGAAGUUACUCUUCAAACUUUUCCAAGGAGAACUGAAUGAAAAAAUUAUUUACUUGUUUUCCAAGGCAUAUGAAGAUUCAUAAUUUUUAAAAAAUGGGUAAUCACACAUCAGUAUUUCUUCUCUUGGAAUUCUCAAGCAUUCGGGAGCAACAAUUUAUCUAUAUGGCUUUAUUCCUGAUACUUUAUGGAAUGACAGUAAUAGGGAAUGUUCUUGUUAUCAGUGCAAUCACUGCUAACUACCAUCUUCACACUCCAAUGUAUUUCUUUGUAAUGAAUUUAGCUAUUCAAGAUGUUGGUUCUGUUUCAAUCAUUAUCCCCAAAGCUGUUUUUAAUCUUGUUAUGAAUAUAAGGUAUAUUUCUUAUUCUGGUUGCAUUGCUCAAGUCUUCUUGUUUAUUUUCUUCCUGAGUUCUGAUGUAGCCUUCCUUACAGUCAUGGCAUAUGAUCGGCAUGUUGCUAUUUGCAACCCUUUACAAUAUGAAAUGAUAAUGAAUAGGAAUGCCUGCAUCACAAUGGUUGGCAGUGUGUGGAUUGCCAGUUUUCUCAAUGCUGUGCUAAACACCUCUGAAACAUUCACUACUCCUUUCUGCUCUAAUAUUAUCAAUCAGUUCUAUUGUGAAAUUCCAUAUUUACUUAAGAUUGCCUGCUCUGAUUCAUACAUAAAUGAAAUUGGAGUUCUAAUGUUCAGCUCUAUAUUAGGUUUUGGAUGUUUCAUCUUCAUUAUUGUUACUUAUGUGAAGAUCUUCUCUGCUGUUCUAAAAAUCCCUUCAGUUCAAGGAAGGAAAAAGGCCUUCUCCACUUGCCUUCCACACCUCACUGUCUUUUCCAUAUUUUUGUUUACUGCCUACUUUGCUUAUCUAAGGCCCAUAUCUGACAAUCCUUCACAUCUUGAUUUUGUAAUUACAAUAAUGUAUUCUGUUUUCCCCUCCUUACUAAAUCCAUUAAUCUACAGUAUGAGAAACAAGGACAUCAGAAUUGCUCUUUCAAAAUUUCUUAGCCUGAGAGCAUUUCUUUUUAAAAAACUAUAAACUGAAAACCUUUGUCUGCUAUUUCAAUUUUAGACAUAGUUCUUAAGACUAAAUACAAAUGACUAAAAGAUAAUAAAAUGUAACUGGAUUAUACUGCAAGUUUUUUGACAUCUAUUUUAAAAGAAAUAUCUGAAAAAUAUAUAUGUUUAAAGAAAGUUCAAAUAAAGUUUAUUUAUACCUACAUUUGAUUUUUAGUCAAUUCCAAGAUUGCAUGGAAGACAGCAAUAGCACUUAGUCUUAUACAUUGCUUCACAGUGCUAUAUAGCCCUCUCUAAGAGGUUUUACAGAGUCAGCAUAUUGCCCCCAACAAUCUGGGUUCUCAUUUUACUGACCUUGGAAGGAUAGAAAGCUGAGUCAACCUUGAGCCAGUAAGAAUCGAACUGGAAGUACAGGCAGCCAGCAGUCAGCUGAAUUAGCCUGCAGUACCGCAUUCUAACAAUUGUGCCACUACAACUCAUAUGUAUGUAAUGGGGAUGUAUGUAAUUGGGAUGCCUAUGUGAAAUGCUUCAUUGAUGAUAAGCAUAAUGUUAGAAAAUACAUUUCUUUGAGAAAGUGAAUUGGAAUUCCAAAAGUAGUUAAAAGAAACUUCAUUUUCAAAUAGGGCAUGCAUACUGGGGGGGGAGUGUUUCAUUGAACAGAUAUUUUUGCAACAAAAUUGCAGUACAUUAAUUAUAUUCUGUAUAGAUGUGUGUUUCUAUAAAGAUAUAAUUUCUGAAGCAUUUGUCCUUAUUGAUGUAGAUGUGGCACAAAACUGUAUUGUAUUUGCUUUCAGUUCAAUUCUAAGAUUAAAUAUAAUAAUUCUGGCCUUUUCUACGU